AUGGCUAACAAGAUCAUACAUCAAUCACUUGUUCAAAAUGAAAAUUGCGAAUGUCAACUUGCAGACUACGAUUGGUGUGACGAUGAAUACUUUCAUAUUCACUAUGUCAGAAAGAAUAUUUCAUUUUCAACUAUAUGUGAUGGAUUCACUGAACUCAUUCCAAUAACUAUCGAAGGACAAAAUGAAACAGAUGAAACAGAAUGCGAACAAUGGCCAUGCAAUAACAUUUAUACUCGUUGUGAUGGUUUAUGGAAUUGUCGGCAUGGUGAAGAUGAAAUUGGUUGUGAUUUAUCUUCAGCAUUAAAUUGCCCUUCAGAUCAUCACAAAUGUGUUUCAUCUUACACAAAUCAACUUACAUGCCUAUCUGUUGAGAAAGCAAAUGAUGGCAAUAUCGAUUGUCUUGGUGCUACUGAUGAACCAACAUUAUGUCAAACGAAAUAUCAAGUAAAAUUUUUCAAUAAUUUUUACUGCAUGAAACAAAACCAACAGUCAUGUAUUCCUUCUGAAUCUCUAUGUAAUGGUGACACAUUUUGUGAUUAUGGCAAUGAUGAUGAAAAAUUUUGUGUAAGCAAUCGCUUAAAUAUUUCUAUCUAUUUGGGUAUUUGUCAUUCGUCAUUUUUUUUUAUUCGUUCUGAUGCCGAGCAAUUUUUAUGUCAUGAAACAAAGUACAAGAUAAAGCAACAAAUUAAAUAUUUUUCAUUGGAUGGAAUGAGCAAACCUGUAGAAGGUCAAACUAAGAAUGUGAUAAAAACGAUAUUUUCAAGUUCAUCUAUCAUCGAACUAUUUCAUCAACACGAAUCUCGAUGUCAUCGUGGUUUUGAUUUACGUAUAUUGUUAAACAAUGAAAAGAACUUAACAACAAAUAUAUGUCUUUGUCCACCUAGUUUUUAUGGUAAUCAAUGUCAAUAUCAAAAUCAACGAGUAAGUUUGACUAUUAAAUUUCGAGCAUUAUCAGAUUCUUGGUCAACAUUAUUUUCAAUGAUUAUUUCACUUAUUGAUGAUAGUAAUGAAAUAAUUAUUCAUUCAUAUGAACAGUUCACUUAUUUGUCGAUAAGAGAUUGUAAAAUCAAAUUUAAUAUUUAUUUGCUUUAUUCAACUCGACCAAAAAAUCAAACAAAAAAUUAUGCAAUACAUAUUGAUAUCUAUGAAAAAGUUUCAUUAUCUUAUCGAGGAAGUUUAUUAUUUCCAAUAAUAUUUCCAUUCUUACCUGUUUAUCGUGUAGCAUAUAAAGUUGAUAUUCCUCGAAAUAAUGAAAAUAUUAAAAGUUGUUCGAACUCUCCAUGUAUUCAUGGAAAAUGUAUCAUGUAUUUAAAUAACCAACAAAAUACUAGUUUUUGUCAAUGCUAUCAAGGAUGGUCUGGACGCUAUUGUACUAUUCCACAUACUUCUAUGUGCUCAUCUGAUUCAUUAUAUUUUGGGGUCUCUGCUUACAAUCAGUCUGUAUGUGUUUGUCCUAUUAAUAAAUUUGGUUAUCAAUGUCUCCUUGUCAAUACAAUUUGUGACAUGGAUAAGAAUUUAACAUGUCAAAAUGGUGGUCAAUGCAUUCCUACUGAUGAAUAUACGAUAUCGAAUCACAAAUUUAUAUGUCUUUGUCCAAAAGGUUAUAUUGGUGAUCGAUGUGAAAUAGCUGAUACAAAAAUUAUUCUAUCAUUUGGGAACGAUAUUGUUUUAUCGCAAUCGAUAUUUAUUCAUUUCAUUCAAGUUGUAAAUGAUAGUACACCGAUCAGAACGACUACUUUUCGAACAAUUCCCCUUACACAACAUUUACUUGCUCUUUAUUGGUCACAACCAUUUCAUCUUAUGUUCAUUGAACUUCUAAAUAAAAUUUAUUAUUUAGCUGUUAUUCAAAAAACUUAUGAGCGAUCAACAAAAAUUACUAAAAUGAUAAAUUCAUCAGCUCGUUGUCAACAUAUAAAUGAAUUAUUUAAUGAAACUUUUGUUCAGAUGCAUGCUCUUCGUCGUAUCAAAUAUUAUCAUUUACCAUGUCAAAACUAUUCAUCAAAUCUUUCUUGUUUUUAG